CAUUCUCACUGUUCCAAAGUUUCUUUUCAAUUUACUGGCAUGUUCCCUUGGUAGAACCCAGAAAAUCCAUAGCUAUUUGUAGCCAUGUUCAGCCCCAAUAUAUUUGAUACGAGUCCCAGUUUGUUCGAAAGUGAACUGACGGGGAGGAUGAGGAUCGACGAUGAUUGCGACACCAAAUCGGGUACUGAAAUGGAUGCACCUUCCCGAGAUGAUCAGGAUCCUAGCCAACGCCCCAAGAGGAAGCGUUAUCAUCGCCAUACUCAUCAUCAAAUCCAAGAGAUGGAAGCAUUCUUUAAAGAGUGCCCUCACCCAGAUGAUAAGCAAAGGAAGGAGCUCGGGUGCGAGUUAGGGUUAGAGCCUUUACAAGUCAAGUUUUGGUUCCAAAACAAACGCACCCAGAUGAAGGCUCAGCAUGAACGCCAUGAAAAUGCUGUGUUGAAAGCUGAGAACGAGAAGCUCCGUGCCGAGAACAAUAGAUACAAGGAUGCACUAAGCAAUGCUAAAUGCCCCAACUGUGAAGGACUAGCUGCUCUUGGAGAGAUGUCAUUUGAUGAGCAGCACUUGAGAAUUGAGAAUGCCCGGUUAAGAGAAGAGGUUGAUAGGAUAACUUGUUCAUCAGCUAAAUAUGUAGGGAAGCCUAUGAGUACUUCUUUUCCUCACCUUCCUGGUGGAGCUUUCAAUUUUGAAACACAAUCUGGGUUUGCAGGAGAGAUGUGUGGUGUUGCUGUUGGAGAUCUUUUGAGGUCAGUCAUUUGGCCUACUGAAACUGAUAAGCCUAUGAUUGUUGAGCUUGCAGUUGCUGCAAUGGAAGAACUGAUGAGAAUGGCUCGAUCUGGUGAACCUUUGUGGGUUCCUGGGGAGAAUUCUUUGGAUGCUUUGAAUGAAGAAGAAUACUUGAGGACUUUCACUAGGGGUAUUGGACCAAAGCCUUUGGGGUUGAGAUCUGAAGCUUCAAGGGAUUCUGCUGUUAUUAUUAUGAAUCAUGUUAACCUUGUUGAGAUUCUCAUGGAUGUGAAUCAAUGGUCUAGUGUGUUUUGCGGCAUUGUUUCAAGGGCUAUGACUUUAGAAGUCCUAUCAACCGGUGUAGCAGGAAACUACAAUGGAGCCUUGCAAGUGAUGACAGCUGAGUUUCAAGUUCCUUCACCACUCGUACCGACUCGGGAGAAUUAUUUUGUGAGGUACUGCAAGCAGCACAUCGACGGAACUUGGGCAGUGGUCGAUGUUUCCUUGGAUAAUUUACGACCGAGUCGGAUCUCCAAAUGUGGAAGAAGACCAUCGGGUUGUUUGAUCCAAGAAUUACCAAAUGGAUACUCAAAGGUUAUAUGGGUUGAACAUGUAGAAGUGGAUGAUAGAGCUGUCCACAACAUAUACAGACCAUUAGUCAAUUCUGGUUUAGCUUUUGGGGCAAACCGAUGGGUUGCUACAUUAGAUCGACAAUGCGAACGUCUUGCGAGUUCGAUGGCCAGUAACAUUCCGGCUGGGGAUCUAUGCGUUAUAACUAGUACAGAAGGAAGGAAGAGUAUGUUGAAGUUGGCAGAGAGGAUGGUGACUAGCUUUUGCACCGGAGUCGGUGCUUCAACAGCCCAUGCUUGGACAACUUUAUCAGCAACUGGUUCCGAUGAUGUGAGGGUAAUGACCAGGAAGAGUAUGGAUGAUCCAGGCAGGCCACUUGGUAUUGUUCUAAGUGCUGCAACUUCCUUCUGGAUCCCGGUUCCACCGAAGAGGGCUUUCGAUUUCCUUAGGGAUGAGAACUCUCGAAGCGAGUGGGAUAUCCUCUCAAAUGGUGGUGUAGUUGAAGAAAUGGCUCAUAUAGCUAAUGGACGUGACCCAGGCAACUGUGUCUCCUUACUGCGCGUAAAUAGUGGAAAUUCAAACCAAACCAACAUGUUAAUACUACAAGAGAGCUGCAGUGAUGCUACGGGAUCAUACGUGAUUUAUUCCCCGGUCGAUAUCGUUGCUAUGAACAUCGUCUUAGGCGGCGGGGAUCCUGAUUAUGUCGCGCUUCUACCGUCGGGUUUUGCAAUACUUCCUGACGGUCCGGGACUUAAUGGAGAAGGAAUUGUGGAAAUCGGCUCCGGCGGCUCCCUCCUCACCGUCGCAUUCCAGAUUCUAGUUGAUUCGAUCCCUACGGCAAAACUGUCUCUCGGAUCAGUGGCUACCAUCAAUAGUCUCAGUGGAAAGGAUCAAGGCGGCGGUCAUGUGUGAUAAUGCUUGACCGAGAAAUGGUGGUAGCCUCUGAUGAAAAGAAGUCAAGAACGCACCUUUCAUGAUCCUUGCAAGGGUAAAUAGCUUGGUUCGGGUAUUGACUUUGCCAAACAAGGAAACCACCAUUUUUUGUGACCUUAGUUAGGCUAAGUCUCUGAGACUAAUUUCUUUCCCUUUCCUUUUGGUUUCAUUUGUUUUAUGUUUGAACCUUUAGCUGGACUCACACCCGCCUUUGACAAACAUUUGUGGUUGGUUUAUGUUUUGGUAGCUUUGAAAUCAAUGAAUAGCCUUUGCUUUUAUUACA